GUCCCGGCCACCCUCCGCGACCUGUACACGAGAAGCGGCUUGUCUUCCAGCUCUCCCUCAGCGGCCUCUCCUGCGUCGCCCCUUGACCUGAGCAGGUACACCCUGCCGUCGCUGCGUCAGUACGAGUUAGCACAGCAAAUGGUGACGCAGCAGGGGGCCGUCAACAAGCUGCUAGGAUCCCUCCGCCCCCCCGGCAUGAUCGGGGGCUCGAAGCCCAAGGUGGCGACCCCGCAGGUGGUCAACAAGAUCGAGCAGUACAAGCGCGAGAACCCGACCAUCUUCGCGUGGGAGAUCCGCGAGAAGCUCAUCUCGGAGAGCGUCUGCACCAACUCCACGGCGCCCUCCGUGUCCUCCAUCAACAGGAUCCUCAGGAACCGGGCGGCAGAGCGAGCGGCUGCCGAGUUCGCACGGGCGGCUGGCUAUGGCCUGUACAACCCUUACGCCUUUCCCUGGGCCAACCCCGCCCUCCUGUCGCCACUCGCCGCCGCCCUCCCUCUUCACGCCGCCGCCGAGAACGCGGGCGCGGCGAAGGACAGCGCGGGCGCCCAUUCCGACGGGGAAGGCGGCGGAUCCCACAAGGACUCGCCCACCCAGCUGUCGCCCUCGGACCUCCACAGCUCCUCCUCGCAGAGCACCAACGAAGUCCGCUUCCGACGCAACCGGACGACCUUCACCGCCGAUCAGCUGGACGAGCUGGAGAAGGAGUUCGAGAAGACGCACUAUCCGGAUCUGCCGACGAGGGAGAGGCUGGCCGAGAAGACGCUGCUGUCGGAGGCGAGAGUCCAGACGGGCCAAAUGGAGGCGCCACCAGCAGCUAAGCGUGCUCCGCCCCUACUCCUCCUCCGACGACCCUCUCCCCCACUCCCCGAGGACGACCUCGCCUUACUCCGAGGGCGUGUCGAGCCCCGACAUGCGCCGCUCCCCGACCCCCCCGUCCCCGUGCCCCGCGUCAGCCCCCCUGGCGGCGCCUCCGUCGUCGUCCGGCAGCCGGCCGAGCCCCGGGGGCUGUGCCUCCCCCACCAGCCCCUCCAGCGCCUGCUCCACCACCACCACCACCACCACCUCGGCGCCGGCAGGAGGUUCCACCCCUGGCGGCCAGUCGGCGGCGCUGGGGCGGCGCUCCCCGCGGCCGGCCUCGACCUCUCCGCCGCCCCCCUCCCCUGGGGCGCACCCUCGCCUGCUCUCACCCCUUCCCCAACCUCCGCCUUCACCCGCAUCGGCCGCCGCCCUCAACCUCUCCAUGCCGCACCCGCUGCCCCACGCCCAUCUCCGCCACAGCCCGCCCAUCUCGACCUCAGCCCACCUGGGCGCCUGAGCAGCCGCCGCCGCCGCCCUUGCUGCCAGCCAGCCUGCUCUCGCUGCCCCAGUACCCAGGCUUCUCACUCGGGCGUGACCUCACUCUCACGCCCAUCAACCUCUCCAGCGCCCACGCCCGUGAGAUCAUGGCCGCCCAGGCUCGCUGCCUGCUCAAGUCGGCCGCCCAGAGCGCCCACUAUAAGGACGAGGAGGAGGAGGAGGACAGCGACAUCGAGAUCGACCUCGACGCGAAGGAGGACAAGGAGAAGGAAGAGGAGGAGGAGGAGGAGGAGGAGGUGGUCGAGGCGCAGGACCUGAGCGUCAAGAGGAGAAGGACGGAGAGCGAGGAGAAGGAGGAGGCCAAGGAGGAGGAGAGGAGCGCCGAGCAGACGGAGGAGGAAGAAGCCAAGCCGGAGAAGAUGGAGGAUGCCUGAGCGAGGACCGAGACUCGGGACAAGAUAAUCUCCCGUUUAAGGUAAUUUAUUCACUGAUUCAUCCCAUGAAGGAGGCCGAAUGCUGACUCUCUGACAAAGGAACACCCAGUGACUCAUUCAUCAGUGUCAGCUGCCGAAGAACCAUUCGCCGAAGCGGUUUCAACCCUCGAAGCUUCACGAAGCGUUUCACUCACGGUUUCGAAGCCUCAGUCAACUCCUUUUUAUCUCUUACUCGUAAACAAAUGGAAAUAAAAUAAGAAAAAUAAAUGUUACUCAAUACAUUUUUUAUAAGGAGAUUCAGCGACAUCAACGACUGUCACAAACCUAAGAAAUACUUAAUCAAAAAAUGUUAAACGACAAACUCAGUUUUAUGUAUAUAUAGGUUUACUGAUGACGUGCUGGUCAAUUUUUUUUUUUUUUUAUUUUUUAUUUAUUUAUUCUUUUUUAAUCAUGAAAUCCAUGACUAAAAGUGCACAAAAGAUUGAGCUUAAGUACUUAUGAAUGAAAGAUAGUUGUAAAGAUAUCAUGCACAAGUUACUGAUACUUAUUUGUAUAAAAUAGUUGUGUACAGUAGAAGUGGGUGAUUUUGACCCUUAUAGGAAGCUGAAGGAAAAAAUAGGAUUCUCCUGUUUAUUUCAUUUCUGUGAAUAAGUAAACAACGAAAAAAAAA